AUGGAACACAAGACCAUUGGCUACAUUGGAUUGGGAAGUGCAGGCUACCCCAUGGCGGCCUGUCUAGCGAAGAAGGGCUACAACUUGAUUGUCCACGACACGAAUCCUGCCUUAGGUCAGAAAUUCGUUGAACAAUAUCAGCAAUGCAAGCUGGCUGCAACCACCAGCUCACCCAUGAGCCCUGAUGCAUUCAAGGCCUGCAGUGUGGUUAUCACAAUGCUACCCAAUGGCAAAGUUGUGAGGGAUGUCUUGCUAGGAGAGAAUGGAAUUGCUCGUGCAUUGGGGCCUGAUGCUGUUGUGAUUGACACGAGCUCGUCAUCCCCCUUUGACACCCAAAGUCUGGGCGAAGACUUGACCAAACAAUCCAUUGCCCUUGUCGACUCACCUAUCACACAGAGAGAAUUGCAUGCCAUCGACAGUGGAGGUGCCACCUCGAUGGUCGGGUCUGACUCACCGGCUGCCCUUGAGAAGGUAAUGCCUGUCCUCAAGGAUAUGAGCCAGCACGUGUUUGUGAUGGGCAAGCUUGGCGCAGGACAUACGAUGAAGACCCUGAACAACUAUGUGUCGGUGGGUAGUAUCAUUGCACUCUGCGAUGCCCUGGUCACUGGGCGAAAGCUUGGUCUGGACCCACAGACAAUGAUAGAUGUCAUGAAUGUUGGCACUGGGGUCAACUUCUCAACAGCCUACUCCAUGAAGACCCUGAAAUCUUUUGAUACGGGGUAUCAACUGGAGCUUCUGGUAAAGGAUGUCAAGAUUGCCAAGGAGGUGAUUGAAAGGUCCGGGUUUGAGACGGAGCUGCCUGGGCUGGCGCUGUCUUAUCUGGAGGAGAGUCUAGACUGUGUUGACAAAGGAGCUUGUCAUUCAGAGUGUAUCAAGAGCUGGGAGAAGAGAGCCGAUGUGGAAAUUGAAAAGACAGAGCUCCAGUAA